AGAAAGAGAGGGGAGCGCGCAGAGAGAGAGAGAGAGGGGGGAGAGGGCGCCACCUGGCGGCGUCUUCCUCGUCACUUCCUCCCCCCACCCAGAACCCCCCGCUCCGUCAACAUCCUCCUCGCCAGCAGGGCCCAGCACCACCAUGGCCACCAAGCGCCGCCUCGCUCCCUUCCCCCUCCUCCUCCUCCUCCCCUUCCUCGUCUUCCCCGCGGGGGCCUGGGGUCCCGGCGGGACGCCGCCGCACGCCUGGCUAGAGCCCGCGAUGCGGGGGGGAGGGGAGGUCCCCCUGUACCCCGUGUACCCCGUGGAGCCCCUGGGGCCCACCCCGGGCGAGUCUCCGUGCGCGCCGCUGCUCGUGGAGUUCGCGAGGAGGAGCGCCGAGUUGGCGCUCUGCUCCGUGCGCCACGCGCGGCCCCUGCGCCUCUGCGGCAGCUGCGUCAUCCAGCAGUGGAGCGCCAACCGGACCUACGGGCAGAUCCUCACCACGGUGCAGGGUGACAACGAGACGUGCGAGAGGAGCCUGCUGCGCUCGGACCGCCUGCAGCUCGUCUACCAGCAGCACUCCUUCUCGCAGGGCCUCUGGGACGCCGCCGCCUGCGAAGCCUGCCUGGUGAACGGAACGAAUGGCACGCGGGAGGUGGCUUCGUGGAUGAUCAGCUUCAUGCACCAGCUCAACGAGACGCGCACCUGCUUUCACGAGAACUCGCUGGUGCCGCGGUACGACCUGGGAGGCAACGUGAAUUACUCGGCCGUGUGCAACAAUUGCAGGACCGCGUACAACACCCUGGGGAGCAUGUAUGCCAAGCUGCAGAAGAACGGCAGCUUGUGCAUUGACCUGGAGGACGCGAUGAACACUACGCGGCAGCUCUGGAGCGCGCGGUUCAAAUGCGUGGAGUACUGCAGGGACACGCCCUCCGUGCUGGCCGUCUCCAUCUUCAUGUGCAUGCUGCCCAUCUUCUUCUACAUGAGCAGCGUGAUACACUCACGGCAGCGCAAGCGGCGUCUCGUCACGUCCAAGCGCAUGAAGUCGACAAACAGCUCGGCAAGCCUGCACCGAGCGCAGUGACACGUGCGCCGGUGGGAAGGGGACCGGCAGCUUCUCCGCCACGAUCCCCCCCCCCGCCAAACCUCCCGCCCCCCACCCCCUGCGCUCACGCGCACGGAGACGCACAUGGCGUUGGCGCUGGACUCUCCAUCUCGGGUAUUAGACAAGUGACACAACCUCAACACGUAUGUCGGUAACACUGGGGCCCCGAAAGCAAUGCAAUGAUUUGUAUUUACUUCGGCGGCGUUUUGGGCAUUGGCCCCUUGUUCUUCAAAGAACAUGUCUCGAUUACUUCAGCAAUAGAACACUUUGUCGAUUGUCGGCUCUUUACCUGAAGUGCCGGGCAGAAGUAUAAAUAAAAUGUCACGUGUGCCGAUGGACGGGAACUGGUGUUGGGCAUUGGCCAUGUCGCGCUGGGCGUGGCUUGCAGUGAGUUUCCCACCUUCAGGAGGCAGGAUGUGGAGGCGGCCGCCAUUUUUAUAAAGGGCUCCAAGUAGUGGGGCAAGAAUACACCACCACCAACAUCCCUUUGAUCACAUCUACACCAACGUGACCCCCCCCCCCCCCAAGAGGAAGCGGGUCAUGUCUUCUUCACAGAGCAGCAAAGUGAGUCAAGCAUGGCUGUAAAUGCCCUGGUUUAUUGACAUCACAACAAUAACAGCGCUCACAGAUUCCAACCUGGCACCACAGCCCCCCUUUUCCCUCGAUGGAGAGGGGGGGGUGGCACCUAUGUAGAUUCUGCAGACAAACCAAGCAACGCAGCUUUCAGAAAAUAAAAUAUCUCUAGCUUAGCUCUCUUCAUAUUUCAUAGGAAUUGCACUCAUAUUAACCUACAGUACGAUAAUCGAUUAAAUAAGGAUUAGUUUGACGGGUAGAUUACCUUUCCCCCACUCCGCACGCAAACUGCUCAGUCCGUGGGCCCCAGAAACCUCUAGUUCAGCCCCACCGAGGGUGGCAAACCUCCAGCUGCGACUUUCCUAUUCGUUUACAUGGCAAAUUGGAGGUGGGUAUUUAACCACCAGCUCUGGUCAGAUGGUCACUGCUUGAUGAGGGCGGCAAUGCCAUCUGUUGCAGAGGAUUCGCGGUUCAAAUUCCUUGGGCCACCCUGGAUAUUGCUAUGGUGUGCAUUAAUCGUAAAAAUGCAACGAGGCACCCUCGGCCACAGAGUGGACGUCAACGAUCCCGUGCCAUCGUUCGCAACGAGUAGCAGGCUGUUCCGCCCUGGCGGUCCAAUUUUGAACUUUUACCUGCAAGUUACUGGAUUGGGAUUGCUCAGCAGCAGUAAUCAUUGCCCCCCCCCCCCCCUCCUUAACGUACUGCAAUGACUGCCGGCUGUCUGUGGACAGCAUCUACAGCGCCUGAAUGGCAAUUGCCGUGCGGCACCAUGAGAAAUACAGCGCCCGUAGCACAUGCACUCAAAUCGCUGCUGUUGGCCGCAUACAGAAGCUGGAACCCACUGAAGUGAUGCCCCCCAUGGUGGUACAGACCAAAUGAAACUUCUUGUCUCGACUUGCGGAUCAAGUGGAGGUUUUGGGGCUUUGCAACUUUUCCCACAUUGACCAAGGGCGGCCCUGAACCUCCACUCUUUUCACGACACGCCAGCUACUCUGAGUGCAACUGGCGACCCCGAAGCCCGCGGCGGUACACAUCACGUCGGUUCGCGAGCGUGCUUGAUUAAGGACUUUUCACAAUGCGGGUGCGUUUCUGCGAGUUAUCUCAACCCCUGCCAGGCAUUGGGGUGCAAGAGUUAUUCUGUUGGUACGACUCUUAAGCUCACGGCACGAUGAUUAAAAGUAUUUUUUACCAUU